AUGGCACCACCGCUAAUACACCAGGCCUUCCUCCUCUUAACCCUCCUCUCACCCCUCACAACCGCGAAUCCUCUCCAAGACGCCCGCGUCCGCGACAACCAAGCACCAUCGCGACCCAACAUCCGCCAAAUAGCCCCAAGCCCCCGCGCCCUCCUGCCCCGCCAAAACGCAGCCAGCACCUCCUCGACACGAACGACAUCCACGCGCUCGACCAGCACAAGCCUCGUCCCCGAACGCGUCACCGUCGCCGACUACUCUUACCUCGGCUGCUUCCAGGAUGGCAGCAACCACAUCCUCACCGUGACGUCGGAGUUCGACACAGGCAUGACGCCCGAGCUCUGUCGCAACUUUUGCCUCGUGGCAGAGUGCGGCAUCUUCGGGCUCAAGGACCAGUAUAGCUGCUUAUGCGGGCGGCAGGUUGAGCCGUUCGCCGCGACCGCGCCAGAGGCGGAGUGUUCGGAGGGGUGUAGGGGCGCGAAGGGCGCGCUUUGUGGGGCGAGUGCGCGGAUGAAUGUGUAUUCGGCGACGGUGGCGCUUGCGGAGGUUGACCGAGGCGCGGUACCAACAUCAGGAGGAGAUGCCGGCGAUGGGUCUGGCGACAACUCUAACGGUCAAAACGAUGGAGACAAUGACAACAACAGUAACAGCAACAGCAACGGAGGAGGAGGGGGAGGGGGAGGAGUUAACCUCUCUGGCGGAGCCAUAGCAGGCAUUGUCAUCGGCACCGCCGCCUUCGUCGCCCUCGUCGCGGGCCUCGUUGCCUAUUUAUUUUUCCGACGCCUCAUAAACCGGUUGAAGCCGGAACCUCAACUGGGAGCAUCGGACCCCUCCUCGCCCUCGCCAGCCACCGGCGCAGCUGCACUUGCUGGAACCAAAGAACAGACCCCCGAACAGGCCCCUGAACAGGCCGCCGCUAUGAAAUCAGAGUUUGAGCAACAGCAGCAAGGUGGUCAUUUAGCUUACAUACCGCCAGCUGCUGCCCAAGAGCCGGGUAGCUUGUAUGCAGGGAGCGCGGCGUACGAUCCGUCAUCUGCGUUUAUGAGCCCUGUGGCGCAGACUGGGUCGCCGGCUGGAGGCGUGGCGAUUGGGCAAGUACCUGAGGCACAUGGGCAGCCUGUUCACGAGGCGCCCGGGAUUAUUGCGUAUGAGAUGCCGGGGGAUGGGUUCGUUAGGCAGGAUGGGUUGGCUGAGCAGCCGCACUUACAACAACAGCACCAGCAGACGUGGUCGCCUCCCCCACAGCCAAGUUGA